CCUUAGGCCCAUCGGAGCUUUAGCUAUGGAAUCUGUGUCGUCUCCAAAAUUCCUCUCUUCCCUUCUUCUGUUUCUAAUCCUUUCAUUUCUUCUUGCCUUGGCGUCAGCUUCACUUGCAUCCCAAGGGAAGGCCCUCCUCCAGUGGAAAGCCAGCCUCCAAAGCCAAGGAUCACUUGAAUCUUGGAACCUCAGCACUAGUCCAUGCAACUGGACUGGAAUCACAUGCAACAUCACGCAUCAAGGCCGACGUGUGAUCAGAGAGAUAAAGCUAUCCCAAAUGGGUCUGGCAGGAACGCUGAAUGCUCUCAACUUCUCCCCCUUGUCAUCACUUGUCAGUCUCAACCUCACAUUCAACAACUUCUAUGGAAGCAUCCCUACCACCAUAGCUGCUCUUUCUAAGCUCACCUCCCUUGAUCUCUGCACUAAUAGCUUUACCGGGAUAAUUCCACUGCAGAUCGGCUCUCUGACAAAGAUCAACUCUCUGAAUCUUAGUGAUAAUCAGAUAAGUGGUUCCAUUCCUCCUUCGCUAAGUAAUAUGACAAGGCUUAACUUCCUAUACCUAUUCGGAAAUAAUCUUUCAGGUUCUGUCCCUGAGGAAUUAGGAAGGCUUGAGAAUCUGUUGGAGUUGGUAAUCUCGAACAACCAGCUAGCAGGUUCCAUCCCUCCCACUCUGGGAAAUUUAACUCGACUUCAAGAAUUGGAUUGCGAGAACAAUGAGAUAUCUGGCUCCAUCCCCCCGGAAUUAGGGAAUCUUGUAAACCUAGAUAUUUUAGGUUUAGAUAAUAACAAUCUGACUGGUUUCAUCCCCCAUAGCUUGGGAAAUUUAACCAAGCUUAACGCUUUGUACCUUUGGGGUAAUCAUCUCUCUGGCUCCAUUCCUCCUGAAAUAGGAAAUCUGGUAGAGCUAACUGGGCUAUCACUCUCACAAAAUAGUUUAAUGGGUUCCAUCCCCACCAGCUUUGGAAAUUUAACCAAGCUUAACAUUAUGCUCCUUUGGGGUAAUCAUCUCUCUGGCACCAUUCCUCGUGAAAUAGGAAAUCUAGUAAACUUGACAAAUCUGGACAUGAGUGAAAACCAUUUAAAUGGUUCAAUCCCUAAAAGUAUAGGAAAUCUAACUAAGCUUAAAAUCUUGUACCUUUUUGAAAAUCAGAUCUUUGGAUCAAUUCCACGUGAAUUAGGUAACUUGACAAAGCUUAAUAGCUUAUGGCUGAACCGUAACCAAAUCUCAGGCCCAAUCCCUCCAUCUUUUGGAUGCUUAAUCAACCUUACUGAUUUGAUCUUAUUCAACAAUCGACUAUCUGGUUCUUUGCCUCGAGAAUUUAAUAAUAUUAUAAAUCUAAAACGUCUUGACCUCACAAACAACAAUUUUUCUGGCCAUUUACCCCAUGACAUCUGCAAAGGAGGAGUUCUGGCACAUCUCACUUUGAACAACAACUAUUUUGAAGGUCCAAUUCCCAAAAGCUUAAAAAACUGUACAAGCCUAAGAAGAGUCCGACUUGAGCAUAACCAACUAUCUGGGGAUAUAUCUGAAAAUCUUGGAGUGUAUCCACAUCUGUUGUAUAUUGAUUUAAGCUUCAACAGACUGUCUGGUAAGCUCAGACCAAACUGGGGAGGAUGUCAUAAUUUGUCAUUUUUUGGAAUCUCCAACAACAAGGUUACAGGAAACAUACCACCAGAAUUCGGAAAGUUAACUCAACUGCAAGUACUUGAUCUUUCCUCGAAUAAUCUAUUAGGAGAGAUUCCGAAGGAUUUGAGCAAGCUGACUCAUUUAUAUAACUUGAAUUUGAGCAGCAAUCAACUUGUUGGAGAGGUACAUCCAGAAUUUGGAGAACUAUAUAAUUUGGGGACACUUGAUCUAUCAGCAAAUCAACUAAUAGGAAGGGUACCAGAACAAUUAGGUAACUGCUUGAAACUUUACUUGCUGAAGCUUGGAAAGAAUCAUUUAAAUGGAAGCAUUCCCUUUCAAAUUGGAAAUCUAAUAAACCUGGAUGACUUCCUAGAUCUAAGCCACAACUCAUUUACUGGAGAGAUACCAUCACAAUUUGGCAAACUGGAUAAGCUACAAAAUUUGAAUCUAUCACACAAUGAGCUCAUUGGUCAUGUUCCACAUUCUUUGAGUGAUAUGAUAGGUUUAUCGUCUAUAGACUUAUCAUACAAUGAAUUAGAAGGUCCACUACCCCACAGCAGCAUUUUCCAAAAUGCUCCAGUAGAUUGGUUCAUCCACAAUAAGGGCUUGUGUGGUGCAGUGAAAGGUUUGCCUUCAUGUGGCUCAUUUACAACAAGCAAAGAUGAUUCAACAAAGCACCACAAACUCCUCUUGUUAAUUACUAUUCCUGGUUUGGGAACCUUGUUUCUCUUAUUUCUAUUUGUUGUAUUUGCUUUGCUAAUUCUAAGAAGGAAGAAACAUGCGAGACUUGUUGCAACUAUUGAAUUUGGUGGAUUCUCUAUUUGGAACUUCGAUGGAAUAGACGCAUACAAAGGCAUCAUUGAAGCAACAGAGGAUUUUGAUGACAAGUACUGCAUUGGGACUGGAGCAUACUCUAGUGUUUACAAAGCACUGUUGCCAAGCGGCGAGUUUGUAGCUGUGAAGAAAUUUCAUCCACUAGAAUUUGAAAACUCACCAAGCAUGCAAACUUUUUGGAGUGAGGUACAAGCACUAACCCAGAUCCGGCACCGAAAUAUUGUGAAGCUUUAUGGUUUUUGCUCCAGUGCUCAAAAUAAGUUUCUUGUUUACGAAUACAUGGAGAGAGGAAGUUUGGCAAAUAUUCUUCAGAGUGAAGGUGCCCUUGAAUUCGAUUGGUCCAAGAGGAUAGGUGUCAUAAAACAUAUUGCUUAUGCUCUAUCAUACAUGCAUCAUGAUUGCACUCCACCAUUAGUACACCGAGACAUGACAAGUAAUAAUGUUCUACUUGAUUCAGAAUACAAGGCCUGUAUUUCAGACUUUGGUAUUGCUAGACUUCUAAAGCCUGAUUCAUCUAAUUGGAGUAUGCUUGCGGGCACACGGGGAUAUUUGGCACCAGAGCUUGCAUACACGAUGAGGGUUACUGAGAAAUGUGAUGUAUAUAGUUUUGGAGUAAUAGCACUGGAGAUUGUAAUGGGAAAGCAUCCGGGAGAACUCAUCUUUGCUUUAUCUUCUCCAAUUGGUAAAAAUACCUUUUUGAAAGAUAUAUUAGACUCACGACUAUCACCUCCUACAACUCAAGUUGCAAAUGAGUUAGUCACGGUGGUAAUGACAGCAUUCAAGUGUUUGGACAAUAGCCCACAUUCUCGUCCAACAAUGCAAAUUGUAUCUCAACAGCUAUCUAUUUUCAAAGCACAACCAAACUCCCAACCUUUGGACAUGAUUAAGUUAUGUCACCUAAUCGAUGCCAAGGUAUGACAGAAAGUAAAUAUUUUGCCAAAAAUAGCUACCAUGUAAUGUACAAUGUUUUAUCACCCUUUUUUGGUUCAAGAGAG